AUGUUUGAACUCUAUCUUAUCUGUACUUCAUUGAAGGCGAACAACAAUGACAUAUUAAAGGCUUGGAAUUUGACUGUACAAAAUUUUCAUUAUGAGCUUCAAAUAUCGGAAUCAUCGAACAAUUUGGGUUUUCUGUUGGAAUCACGAUUAAAUGAUAUCAUGCUUCUCUUUAAUAAUUUACAACCACGCACAAUCAUUCAUGGCGAUUAUAAAAUUUCAAAUAUUUUUAUCGAUCACAACUCAACUGAGAGACAAAUAUAUGCUAUUGAUUGGCAAUGGUGUGGCAUUGGACAUGCUGCUAUGGAUGUAGCUUAUUUUAUAGCUACAUCAGUUCAUGAAAAUACGAUUGGAGAUUCAUGGGAGCUCGUCCGUUUCUAUCAUAAUGUAUUAAAAGAUAAUGGAAUUUCAUAUUCAUGGGAACAAUUUUGGCAAGCAUACGAAAUAAGUUGGAUUGAGCAUUUUAUUUAUACAGUGGUGGCUUUUUGGAGUGUAAUGCAAGUAGAGGACAUUGAAUUGUACAAAAAAGAGGAAAAACAUGGAUUACAUAUAUGCUCUUACUCACAUAUGAAAAAUCUUUUAACGCAAACGGAAAUAUUUAUGAAAAAUUUGGAAGCAUCAUCAGUGUUUCACGCGACAGAACAUCACUAA